CACUUGUACUCAAGGAGUGACUUUUUGAUAGUUUGAACUAUGUCUGUCAUUACUAAUGCAACAGUUCCACCUAUUAUAGUAAAACCAUGUAUCGCAGAUCGGGAAGCUACCAUCAUCGCAUGCAUCGUCUCGGUUCUUACCGCUAUCAUCUUCAUCGGUAACAUCACGGUCAUCGUUGUCAUCUUGCGGACUCAAGCCAAACAGCACUCGGGGUACAUCUUCACGUUGAGUUUAGCCAUGGCUGACAUAUUUGUAGGAUUCAUGUGCCUUGUCCACAUUGGAUUAUACUUUGCGGAUGUCAUAUCGACAACAUGGUGCUUAUGGGAAGUUGUACUGUUCGUAUCUUCUUGUAGUGCCAGUGUAUCGAGUAUCCUCUGCAUUGCGUUUGAUCGGUACCUGGCAAUCAUGAAGCCUAUCCUCUAUAACACCCGUAUUCGGGAACAUACAGGUUAUGCAAAGACCGCUGUUGCCAUUGUCUGGAUACUCUCGAUAGCAUACGGCUCCUUGCCGCUUUUUGGCUGGCGGACGUUCAGUUUUGUACCAUGCAAACAUUGCUGGUUUGCGACCAUCCUCCCGCGAAGUUUUGUCAUCACACUCUUCGCAACGCAAUUCAUCAUCCCCCUCUGCAUCCUCGUCUUCUUCUACGGCAGCAUGCUCCAUGUCUCGAUGCGACAGGCCAACCAGAUCGCUGACCUCGCAGGCAGUUUCAGUGCUCCGUCUCGCUGGGAGCCAAGGAAACGAGCCGUGAUCACGCUCUCGCUCAUCAUGGGGUGUUUCUUCGUGACCUGGGGACCGUUCUUCGUGACUCUUUUCACUCACAUGAUCACCGAGAACCCCAACUUUAGGGUUGUUUUACAUUCUUACUUCUUUAUUCUUGCAAUAAGCAACUCAUGUCUUAACCCACUUGUUUACGCCUACUGGAAUAGAGAGUUUAGGAGGAUAUUCAGCCAGUGGUUCAUCCAGGAAGGAAGAAAGAUUAGACACUCCUUGACGAGCAGGAGAAGAACAAUAACCUUUAUAUCAGGGGAUUAUGGCAGUCCAUCAAAAACUACAUCUACUCAGUGAAAUUUGGAAGGCUGUGU